GAUCCUAGAUUUUGCAGUCAUCGGGAGAACAAAUCCUUCAUGCAAACUGCACCUACUAUCAAGAAGAAGAAGAUCCUAGAUUUGGGCAUGGUAGAUGAUACAGAAAGCAGUACAAUGUCUGUCACAAAUCCUUUUACUGCGGCAGCAUUAAGACCACAAGUCAGUAGAAUAAAUAUGCCUGGAAGAUCGACCCCAGCCAGCAUACUAGCAGAUUCGUUCUUGGCUCCUGAAAACUAUCUUUACUUACCAGAUGUACCAAGAAUAACUCCGGACAAUAAUGAUGAAGGUCUCCAGACACUAGCAAUUUUAGCUAAAGAGAACCUUCAUCGUGAAUAUUUUAAAAUAAACUCGGCUCUCCAGAAAAAAUGUGAAUAUAUGAAGCGAAGUUUAAAUAUUGAGGACCUAAAUUAUCUGAAGCCUUCAAACAAGAAAGGAAAAGGAGAAAAUUACUGCAGGAUUAUUGAAAUCAGUCAAACACAACGUUCAAACUUAUCAGAAGCCCUUCUGCCUGCUUCUCUUUCACCUCCACACAUUCAAAGUUCUGACUUCUCAACUAGUGUACCAACAUAUACUCAAACAUAUUUACCAGCUGCAGAACAAACACCAAAAUCAUUGAAUUCUGUACUUGCUGCAGAACUGGAGGAAAUUUAUGAAUCUCAAGCAAGCAUUUCUGAUUGGCAAAAAAGAAGAAAAAAUAGUGAGAUUAAAUGGGGAGAACGUAGGUCAAUGUUGUUUAGCUGGACAUUGUCAAAGUUGGGUGUUCCAGAUAAAGGCAAAUGUUGUGUACAAUGUAGAAGUUGUGAGGCAAGCAUAAAAUGUGAAGACUGCUUUCAUUUUUUGUGUCAUAAAUGUGAUCAGCAGCAGCAUUUUGUAAUGCCUUUCCACCAGCGAUUCUGCUGGAAAAAUGGGUUCUUCGAGCCUUUAGACCCAACACAAACUGUGUGUUCAGAUGGGAAUGUCAUUCACUGGAAGCCUGUUGUACCAGCACAUCCACCUAAUUCCUGCCCAAACUGCAGUGAGAGCAAGUUCACAACUUUAAGCUCCAAUAAUUUGUGCAUCUUUGUAACUUUAACAUUUCUCUUCACAUGGUAG